UGACAUUUCAAUUAAAUUAUUGCCGAAAACGCUACCGCAAGCUGAAGCUGGGGAUGUUUCGAAUUCAGAAAGUUUUGCUCGACGAACACGAAGAGAUUUACGAGCCGGUGCUGGUGGAGAAUCCCUUCACCCUGGUGGACAUCCAAGGAAUGGGACUGCGCCAAUACCACAUCGGCCUCACCUGCACUCGCCUGCUCUUCGGCUGCGACAACUUCUCCAAGUACGGAGAUGUUCCCAAUUUCCUGGCCAGAGGUUUGGAUCCGGAGAUCGAGAGCUUCGAGCUGGUCAGCAUGCUGCCACUCCAGUUGGUUCGGUUUCACUUCUUCCGGAAGGCCAAUCGCUGCCUGAUGAUGCUGAACGUUGUCCAGCCUUUUGGAAAACCUCUUUCGGAUCACCCGAUGAUCUUCGAGUUCGGCGGCCACCUGUACAAGCAGCACUUCUGGCACACCUGGCGCGAACGGGUGUCCACCAUUCGGGUGAUGCAGCCGUUCUACAGCCAGAUAACCGGAGCCUCUCCCUUCUCCAGCACCGAUGUCCAGCUGGACGAGGAACCCGCCACCACGGUGCAGGUGCAUCCUGUGCCCAGGACUCCCUCGGUUUUCAGUGCCUGCCACGCGGGUGCUGGAGAUUUUAGGUAGCCGAGCUAAGAGGCUUUCGCCCACCUUCCGUUUUUCCGUUAACAGAUUGGGCCUUCAGUUUCUGUUCGGCUGCCGGGCAUAAACUUUCAAUUCGGCCAGCCGUCUGUUUAUUUAUUUAUAUUAAAAGCAACAC